UCUCAGUCCAUUUUUUCUGGCUCUUAUACAGACCCAGCAGCUAUUGCAUUGGUGUGAAUGGGAGAACCACCCCUUCAGUACACCGGAACUGUGACAAUUUUUUCAAUGGUAAAACGGCCUGUGUAGGACAUCUUUAUGUAUCCACCAUCUUUGAAGCUAUCACGCUUGCUUGUCACGACGUUACUUUUUGUGCCACUGCAGUCUCCGUAGAUAUCUAAACAUGGCGGCGUCCUACAAACCAGUUAUGUAGCUUGUGUACAGCUAUGUUCUGAUUGAAAAAAAUCUAAGGUUUCCAUAAAAAUCUGACAGUAAGAAAAAUGACAUUUCGGUAUUUGUUAAGCGGUAUAUCGAACUGCUGGUCUAGUCUUGCACGUCAUCGAUUAUCAAACGUUUCGCGAUUGCGGAACCUUAGCGAAGUGACACCGAGAGCGAUAUUGAGCCAUCCAUCACACACACCUUCACCAUCGUCGACAUGCACUGGCAUGAGCAAUGGCCACCUAUAUAGCCGUGUAAGAGUAGCAUACAGUUUGGGGAGAGAGGGUGCUAUAUGGGCAACAGAUACGUUGUGUUUUGGUCUGUUAUCAAUCCGCUCAAGAGUGAACACACAAAAACGGUACUUUCAUGUUAUGAAGAAACUGCACCAACAGGUGCCUCUUUUCCGCCCUCUUUCUACAUCGACAGCGGUUGCAAAAGACGUGAUUCUGUUUGAGCACGACCGAACAAGGUUCUUUCGCCUCUUAGCAGUCUUCUGUGGUGGUCAGUUUCUUUUCUGGACAUACCUGGCCCACUUCGCCUUUACUGGUCUUCGAGACACUGGUGGAAGUGGUUCUGGUGGGAGACAUGUCUCCACUACGGGCUUGGCAGGACUUUGGAGUUUCGAUAUGAACCUGGGAUCUAAUGCUUGGAGAUAUGGAUUCACACUGGCAUGCCUUGUUAUUGGUGGAGGGAUCAUGGGACUUGGUGCUCUGUUCUCCCGGCGUUCUGUCAGCCAGGUGAUUCUACAUAAGGGGGGCGGGAUGGUCACCGUGUCGACACAGUCACCCCUGGGACCAAACAAGGGACAGAGAAUUACUGUACCCUUGUCACAAGUGGCCUGUUACGCCCACAGACAAGAGUCUCCUACUUUCAUUCCCCUCAGGGUGAAAGAUCGCAAGUUCUACUUUCUUUUGGACAGAGAAGGCACACUGAAUAAUCCCCAACUGUUUGAUGUUACAGUUGGGGCAUAUCGAUCAUUCUAGGUGUGUCAAGAUAACAGAAUGUGACUUGUCCCCCAUUGUCAAUGCAACAUUGUGUCAGUACGAAGGGGUUGAUUGGAAUGAAUUCAACAAUCUGUUGGCUAAAGUUCUCAACAUAAACCAUUGAUUAAGUUUGCAAAAAUGUUGUUGGCUUUUUGUAAUUAAUUUGACAACAAAUAAGAUAUAGAUAUUAAUAAAAUGUGGAUGUAAAAAAAAGUUUCCAGUGCAU